AUGGUCGUAGUACUGCCGGGCGACGAGAUCCGCGACGCGGCGCCAUCCAUGGCGCAGACCAAGCUGGGUCCAGGCGUGCUGCCGACGCCGGCACGCACGGAGGACGGCGCCGUGUCGCUCACGGCCUUCCGCGCCGGUGCGCUGGGGCACGUCGAAAAGGCGGAGCGGUCUCGCGCGGGCGCCGCGCCCCCCGUACACGCAUGGUACGUCGACGGCCUGCAGCGGCGGUACGUGCCGGUGGCUGGCGACCGCGUGAUCGGGCAAGUGACGAACCGCGGCAUGGAGUCGUAUACGGUGACGCUGUUCGCCGCGCACAGCGCGACGCUGCCGGUGCUGGCGUUCGAGGGCGCGACGCGGCGCAACCGGCCGAACCUCGAGAUCGGCGCGCUCGUGUACGCGCGCGUCGUGCGCGCGGAGGCGUGGACGGAGCCUGAGAUCAGCUGCGUGGACGCCGUCACCGGCAAGGCCGAGGGGCUCGGCGAGCUCAAGAGCACGGAGCCCGACACGGCGAUGGUGUGGCCGGUGGCGUGCUCCCUCGCCCAGAGCCUCCUGCGCCCCCAGCACCAGCUGCUGAAGCAUGUGGCCGCGCACUUUUCAUUCGAGGCAGCCGUGGGCGUGAAUGGCCUCGUAUGGGUCCGCACGGCCUCGCCGGAGCACGCCGUGGCCAUGGGCCGCGUGCUCGCUGCCGCCGACGACGCGCUGCGGGACACUGCGCCGCACACGCCGGACACCGCGAGUCCCGACACCCUGCACAGGCGCGUGGCCGUCCGCGGCGACCUGCCCUCCGCCGACAUCGCGCGCCUCGUGCGCCUUGCAUAG